AUGAUUUAUGGUAGGUGUGCAGCUUGCAAGAAUCAAAGAAGAAGGUGCCCACCUGAUUGCAUUUUCUCUCCAUAUUUUCCUCCCAAUGAUCCUCAAAGAUUUGCAUUUGUUCAUAAAAUCUAUGGUGGUAGCAAUGUUGGAAAAAAACUUCAGCAAUUGCCUCAUUAUGUAAGAGAAGAAGCUGCAAAUAAUUUAUAUUUAGAAGCAAAAUGUAGAAUUCAAGAUCCUGUUUAUGGAUGUGUUGGGAUUAUUUCUAAAUUGUAUCAACAAAUCCAUGAUACACAAAUUGAGUUGGCCAAAAUUCAGACUCAGAUUGCUUUUCAUAAACUUCAAAAUUCACAAUUUCAAGCUGAAAAAUCAAACUUAAACUUUUUGCCACCUCAGAGUAAUAGCAUGGAGCAGUUUCAAUGGCCUAGUCAAGCUACUAAUUGGUUCAAUUAA